CCGGGCCCUGCCCGCCGGGCCCCGGGCUAAUCAUUAACCGCCCCUCGGCGGCCCCGAGCAGCGCAUCGCGGCUCCCGCCGUCGCCGGGGACCAGCGGGCGCGCACCGACCCGCGUCCCCUCAGCACCGCGGGCGCACCGCAGCGGGGCCGGCGGCCGCGCCGCCAUGGAGGGCGAGGAGAACGGGACCCUGCACCCGUCCUGCGGCGCCAGCGAGCCGCCCUACUCGCAGGAGCUUCUCCAGAGCCUUGACCUACCAGGGAGAUUUCUCUUUGCAAUCUUGACUCUGAUGACGCUAAUUGCCAAUCUGGUGUUUAUAGAGGAAGCGGUCUACAUCUACAGGAAAAUGCCCUCCUCCAAAAGAUCAAUCAUCAUUUGGGUUAAUGCUGCAGCUCCAGUGAUUGCUACUACUUCAUGCACUGGCAUGUGGAUUCCUCGCUCAACAAUGUUUACAGAUUUCACAGCAGCAGUGUUUUUUGCCAUAGUUAUCCACAAGUUCCUGGUGAUGAUGAUUAAAGAUUGUGGAGGUCAAAAGCUGCUCCUCGAGCGGUUUGAAAAUGGUCACUUCAAGAUCAGCACCGGUCCCUGCUGCUGCUGCUGCCUUUGCCUCCCUCGCGUGCGCAUCACUAGGCGAAGCCUCUUUUGGCUGAAGCUGGGCACUCUUCAGUUUGCUUUCCUUCGACCUGUGCUCAUGUUUUUAUCAAUAGUGCUUUGGACUAAUGGCAAUUACACCCUUUACAAUGUAUCAACCAAAGGAGCUGCAAUAUGGAUUAGCUGUGUGGUUGGUGUCCUUACCAUUAUUGCUCUGUGGCCAGUUGCAAUCAUGUUUCAGCAAGUUAGGACUCUUCUUAUCUGUAAGAAGAUCAUCCCAAAGUUUGCUCUUUAUCAGUUUAUUGUCAUUCUAAACCACCUGCAGGCAUCCGUUAUCAACAUCUUGGCCAUACGAAGAAUCAUUCCCUGCGCUCCACCACUCUCCUCUUCAGCAAGAGGAGCAUAUAUGACCCAGCAGCUCCUCAUAAUGGAAAUGUUUCUGAUAACCCUCAUCUCAAGGGUGGUCUAUCGGAGAAAAUACGAUGACCUAGAGCCUCCGGAGUGUAAGGCUGAAGAAGCUGGGGACAACAAGCAGACUCCAAAGGUUAUCCUGAAUGGCACAGUUAGUGAAGAUGGAUUGCCAAGGGUUUAGAAGCCGUCUGUGCUCCUGUUCUGUGGUGCCAGAAGCUCAGCUUCAGGAGCUUGUAUAUUCUUGCACCACCAAUAGCCACUGUCCAUGUUGGAACAACUUCUGACAUAAAUGCCUGUGAGCUAUGGUACUGAAAGGGCCACUAGUGGAAAGAUAACCCCUUUAUUCUCUGGUGAUACAUACAUGGUGUGAGUGUUUUCAUACCAUGUAAUUUAGUAAGAUUUUGUACCAUCUAUUUUUAUGCUGGAGCACUCAAUGGUAGCCAAACUGUCUCACAAUGUGGUUUUAUUUUAUUUUUAUUCUUUUGCUAUUAUAAUGGCUAUGAUUUAGAGUUAAUCCAGGGUCAUUCCUGUUCAUCUCUUUUGACUUUUAAAAAUCUUACUUCACCCUGUGUCCAACACAGCAUUUCCCCAUCCUUCCUCCAUUAACAUUUGUCAGCUCUCACUCUGAUCAGUAAAUAUAUCUGCAUAUGUUUGUUCUGAAAUCCCCAGACCUGUCUGGGCUCUCCACCUACAGAAAUGAUCUCUUUAGGGCAAGACUUUUUACAUUCCUUGGCAAUUCACCUCCUAACUUGAUAAAUACACAGUUGCCGUUUGUAAAUAUGUCCCUGGCAGAUGUUCUUCUGUCCUGGGUUCAGCUGUAACGGUUAUUUUUUCCCUUCCUAGUAGCUGGUGCAGU